GCAUCUUACAUUUAUUGCCGUUUACAUGAACCAUUCUAAUAAGCGGUGUGACCUAUUUAUUGGUCUGUUGAGUUGCGUGCGUAACCAACAUGUGGUGUAUGGCUUAAAACAAAGCAUUCGUAAGUGAUAGCAGUCUGGCUCAUUCUCUAAAAGUGUGGUCUGUAUCAAUCAGCCAUCUAUUAUUCUAUGGUAUAUAAUUUUUAUUGUGCGAUUUUACCGCAGAUUGUUCUCGUGCUGGCCAUCGGGGGAAUACAGCGCUUUGAUGGUGGUGUAGGACUGUGUAAUGGAAGCCACCUGCCCCCAUAACUCUCUUUUUCGCCUCGGAUCUCCGCCGACAGUAACGGUGCUGUCCACUAUGCAUUUGCACUAAAUACAGUGAAAGUGAACUGGUAAGAAGAGAAGAAAUGAGAAGAAAAUCGCUGGUUGCCUUCUCGGCAGUACUGAUCUGUCUGUGCCGCGCGACAAUCGUCUCCAACCGGACGCGCGGCGGCCGCGACGCGCAAACUUCAUCCACAUCAUCAGACAAGGGAAGCGAGAAGGACGUGGCUGACUCCCCAAUCUCUGGCCAACAGCAUAUCUACAAUGUUGAUUAUUUCAGUAAGAAUGAAACAAUGGGCUCACCAAGGCGGCAGGGGGACUUCAGCCAUAGGAAUGGCACUUCCGCCAUCAAAACCAGCAGAGGCAAUACAGGCACCACUAUGAUAUUUGGCAGGCCAGACCAUGUUCAAGGUGGAACAGGGUGGGCCAUGGAUGGAGGAGUGGCACCAAUAUGUGCCUACCGGGUGAUGGAGGAGGGAAUCGGGGGGCGGCUGUGUUUUCGACACACACAGCUGGGGUUCAGGUGUCAUCGUGGAGACUGCCGGACUGUUCCAUCAGCAGGAGGGUCCCUGGUGGCCAACAUUUUGACCAACGGCAGCGUGCUACUACAGUGGACAUAUGAAGAUCUGAGGGGAGAGGCUCAAAGGACAAAUAAAGGAAACACAGCUGGACAUGACCUAGAUAAACAAGAGACAGAGACUAGAGGAACAAGUGUAGAGGGACAGAAAGGGGCCCCUGGGACAGGGCUUGGGGAAGAGAGCAGGUUUGUAACUGCCCCACCGAAGAGGGUAUUCGGUGGACGACGUGUCAGAAGGGGUGGGUUUGGGCUAAGCUGCUGGUGGAACGGGAGCUACACCCAGUUUGAGUGCGCUAACACCCAUCUUGGCUCUGGUUGCAGGGACUUCUUGCUGACUGAGCUGCAUGAGAACGUCCCUUACCGCAUCUGCCUGCAUCCGCUUGCCUCCACCCUGACACCACAGCUCCACUCAGAAGGAGCAGGCCAGAGGGAGGACAUGUGGGACUGUGUGGAGUUCACUGUCUCACCCUUGGGCAUGCAGGACAUUGUGAUUGCCAUGACAACGGUGGGAGGAGCCAUCUGUGUGAUGCUGGUCAUCAUCUGCCUGCUGGUGGCGUACAUCACUGAGAACAUCAUGAGCCCCAUGACACAGCACUCACACUCCACAUACCACUCUUACCACUAAUGUCACUCACACAAACACGCACACAUGUGUGUGCACACACACAUAACCUUAUUCAGCAAUAUCGCAGUCAUUUAUUUUAAUCUCACAUCUAAAUCAAUACACUAAAAACCCAUUUAUGUAACAUACUGUGGUUGAACACCCACACACACAUAAUAAAAAUCUCACUCCGAUUCAGGGCAUUGCACCUUACACACUAGUAGAUCUGUAAGCUUGUGGAAGAAUGAUGAACUAAGCCUCACAACAGACCACCACACUUUCAAAUACUAUGAAAUACUGUUCAAAUGAUAGGGCUCAGAGAAUUCCGUUUGUGUCAGCAUUAAUUUGUGUGUUUAUUUUUCUCUUGUGUAUUUAUCUCAUUAGCCUUUAUGCUAGUAAUCAAGGUGCUCUGUAUUAGAGAUAGUAAGCUGCUAGUCAGUAGGCCUACCUAAGAGUGAAAAAUGGUCUAUAGUUGAGCAAUAUUAUGAACCAGUAUUUAGAACGAUUCCUCUUUUUUGGGGUCCAGUUAUAUAUUUGCAGUAAUUACAUAUGUUCAGUGGUAAGUAAUAAGUGCAAGCACAUUAGGUAAUUGAAUGAAUGAUUUCUUACUUUUCACCUCAGAGAGGGUUAAUUUAAUUAGUGUCAACAAUGCACCCUCAGGCACCCAAGAAUGAUUCCUAUUUGCCUUACCUUCUCCUGGAUGUAGAGAUCUAUGUAUACUGAACAUCCCUGUUAGUGAGCAUUUCUCCUUUGCCAAGAUAAUCCAUCACACUGACAGGUGAGGCAUAUCAAGAAGCUGAUUAAACAUCAUGAUCAUUACACUGGUGCACCUUGUGCUGGGGACAAUAAAAGGCCACUCUAAAAUGUGCAGUUUUGUCACACAACACAAUGCCACAUGUCUCAAGUUUUGAAGGAGCAUGCAAUUUACAUGCUGACUGCAGAAAUGUCCACCAGAGCUGUUGCCAGAGAAUUGAAUGUUAAUUUCUCUACCAUAAGCCAACUCCAACAUUGUUUUAGAGAAUUUGGCAGAACAUCCAACCGGCCUCAAAACCACAGACCACGUGUAACCACACCAGCCCGGGACCUCCUCAUCCAACUUCUUCACCUGCGGGAUCGUCUGAGACCAGCCACCCGGACAGCUGAUGAAACUGAGGAGUAUUUCUGUCUGUAAUAAAAAAAACUUGUUAGGAAAAACCCAUUCUGAUUGGCUGGGCCUGGCUCCCCAGUGGGUGGGCCUAUGCCCUUCCAUGUCCACCCAUGGCUGUGCCCCUGCCCAGUCAUGUGAAAUGCAUAGAUUAGGGCCUAAUGAAUUUAUUUCAAUUUACUGAUUUCCUUAUAUGAACUGUAACUCAGUAAAAUCUUAGAAAUUGUUGCAUGUUGUGUUUAUAUUUUUGUUGUAGACCUUCAACAGGCUUGUCUGCUCUGCAGUCUGCCAAAUAUACUGUUCCCAACCUCUAGUUUAGGAGGCCCUGUGGAAUCAAUAAAACACUGCGAGCAUAUGAUUUUUGUAUGUGUAAAUGGGUACAGAAA